CACUGGCGGAGCGGACCCCGUCGACACGCGAACCACGCGGGAACCCCACCACAAUGUGACGCAGAGCGUGACACACCGAGGCAAAUGACAUGAAAAACUUGACCGGAGACUGCUUCACCAGACCAGGAUGGCAGCGAGGACCAAGAAGGACAUCAUCGCCCAGGUGGCGUCCGAGUACAUGGAGCAGACGUCGCUUCACGGAUACCGCUACCUCACUGAACCUGGCCGCCAUUGGUUUGAAAGGCUGGUGUGGCUGGUGGUGCACGCGCUGGCCACUGCGGGCGUGGUGUGGCAGGUGCAGACCAUGUACCACGAGUACCGCACCCAGGUGCCCAUCACCACGGUGCAGUCCAGCCACUACCACGUCUCCCUGGUGCCCUUCCCCGCCGUGGCCGUGUGCGACAUCAACAAGAUGCGCAGGAGCAGGGUCGAGGCCCUCGCCGCCAAGCUGAUCCGAGAGUACGGCCUUGGCGGCAUCUCACAGGCCGAGCUGACCAGCCUGAUGCGCUACAUGGGCCGCCUCUACGACGCCAGCCGGGAGGGCAAGGAGAGCUCCUCCAGGCUGCAGGACCUCUUCGCCAAGUACAACGUCACGCUGGAGUACAGGAGCACCAUGCAAAUGCUCGGCUCGCAGUGCGACGAGCUGCUCCUGGCCUGCAAGUGGGCGGGGAAGACCAAGCCGUGCAUGGACCUGUUCGAGACGCGCAAGACCAUGGACGGGUACUGCUGCACCUUCAACUACGUGCGGCCGAGCGACAACUUCGACACCAGACUUCUUGCCAACGGCUCCAUUGCGGCAGCUAGACGUCACGACGUCAAGGACCACGAUUCCGAUCGCCCUCCCACAGAGGCGGAACAGUCCUUGACCGCAGGGCCCAUGAUGGGACUCUCCGUUCUGGUCAACUCCAACCUGUCUGAGUACUUCUACCCAUUGCUUCCGACCACAGGUAUAAAGUUGCUCGUGUUCAACCCCAACGACUACCCGGACACUGCCAGCGGUGGUCUCAUUGAGAAGCUUGUCAUGACUCAGCAGGAGGUAUUCUUCACCCUGAGCUCCGUCACGACCAAGCCAACCACAGAGGUCCAAGACCUGCCCAAGAACCGGCGCAGUUGCCUGUUCAGCACGGAGGUGGCCUUCUCCAGCUUCUACUCCUACUCGGACUGCCUGAUGGACUGCCGGGUACAGUCCAUGCGGGACCUGUGUGGCUGCGUCCCCUUCUUCUCGCCCGUCAAAGGCAGAGAAGAAGACACGAGGAUGUGUGAGAUCGGAGACCUCAAAUGCCUCAACAAACAUACCGAAAUGUGGCAAACCCUGCGACCCAGCGAGCCUCUGCGCGGCCUGGAGCUGGAGAUGACUCAGUCCUUGGAGUGCAAGGACUGCUACCCCGCCUGCGGCGACACUGUGUACAGUGUGGAGACAACCACCAUGCCCCUCCAGCAAGUGCUCAUGGACCACUCCACCUUCCUGAAGGGCUUCAAAGUGGCGAACCACAGUGUGUUCCACAUUUUCUUCGGCUCCACGAGCCAAACUCUGAUGAAUAAGAGCGUCCGCAUGGCUUGGCACGACCUCCUCAGCAACGUGGGCGGCAUUUGCGGCGUGUUCGUGGGCUUCAGCGCCAUGAGCGUCAUCGAGUUUCUCUACUUCUUCACGCUGAGGGUGUUCGUGGCCCUGAGCAGGCGCAAGCAAGGCCUGGCCGCGUCCAGGGCGGGGCUGGCGACCAUCACGGGCAAGGCGAACCUCACCGUGCAGCAACACAUGGUGGCCCCCGGCAGAGGCUCCGUCGGGGUGCCGAAAGGCCCGGGGAGCCUCCCCAACUACCCGAGGGAGAUGCUAAGCGCCGGACUGCUGCUGACCCCCACCACGGCGCACCCGGACGGCCAGUACUUCAACUGGGGGCGCUACGCCCUGCAGCAGUGGCGCGGCGGACCCAACGAAGGGAAACAAUAA